CCAAGCGGAGCAAGUCGCCUUCGGAGCAGAUGCGGAUUUAGGGAUCUUAAAAGCUCAAGGAAUGAAGGAAUGCUGCCUCGCAUCAUCCGCCCCCCAGAGCCAGGCCUCUUUUCUGAAGGAGCUUGAACGGAUUGACGGCGGAUGUGAUGAGAAAGUCAGCUGCCAAGCCUUGAGGCUGGUCUGGAAUGGCCGCGCUGCAGAUUGUAACACAUAUAGACUGUUUGUGGACUGACAGAUGAUGGCGAGUUAAUGGACGCGAUUGAUUGCAGGCAUGACGAAUCUAGAUCCGUGAAAGCGCACAACAGCCGCAGAAAGGCUGGUUCAUCCGUGGUUUUUGAACAACUUCCACGCCGGAAAUGGGGCUCUUCGGAUGAAGUGGGGGAUCGCGUAAGACGGCUAUAGAAAGUGGCCCUCCUUAAUAAGCGGAUAUAGUAUGAACUGAGAGGCCUGGAAGUGUAGAGUCCAUCAUUGUUGAUAUCCUGUUCAUGUCAUCCGAGAACAACGUCAUGCAUUAGACAUCAGCCAUGACUGCGAUUGAUGGACAGGAUGGAUGGAUGAAAUCCAGGCAAAAGACUCUUCCGAUCGUAUCAUACACGUUUCGGAUCGGGCUCGGGGCCGAAACUUCCCCCACAUGCUAUCCGUUAUCGAUAGGACUGUCCCAGACUCGCUUGGUUAAGGCGAGUAGAGAAGAUCUCUACCUUGAUUUUACCGUCGUUCUCUCUCAAUAUCGCCGUACAUUGUCUCAAUACAACAUCAUGGCAGUCACAAUCGCAUCUUCGGGGCUCCGCAGUUCAGUGCGCCAUUUCUCAGCCCACCGUCCACGACCCGAUACUCGCACAUCCCGCUUUGUGGCCUCGUCGUGUCUGGUCUCUAUGGUCGUUCUGCCUUUUGUUCCUCCAGCAUUAGAAAGUUCACGAGAGCGCAAUACCGGCUACCCUCAUUCCAAGUGA